AUAAAAAGUAUAACCAAAGAUGGCACCUCACAUAGGGCAUUUAUUAAACCUAAAUAAACCUAAAUAAUUUAAUACUAUAGCAUGGCAGGUUUAUACUUUUGGCAGAGACUUUUUUUACUCAAGUGGCAAAGAAAAAUUAAAAACUUAUCAAAGUUAUCUCUUCCAUUUGUUAACAAGCAAUUCAACGUUGCUGGUAAAUGUAGGUUAUCUACAACAGCAUGUUCAAUGCAGCAUCAAGAGCUCCCAUUUCAUUUAAAUGAUUUCCCGGUAGAACGUAUUAGAAAUUUUAGUAUAAUUGCCCAUGUGGAUCAUGGAAAGAGCACUCUUGCAGACAGACUGCUAGAAAUAACUGGAACUAUCCCAAAGGGAAAUAAUAACCAAGUUCUUGACAGGCUACCAGUGGAAAGAGAAAGAGGAAUAACAGUUAAAGCCCAGACAGCUAGUUUAAUCUACAAGUACCAAGGACAAGAUUACCUGCUCAACCUUAUUGACACACCCGGCCAUGUUGACUUUCACUAUGAAGUAUCGCGAUCACUUGCAGCCUGUCAGGGAGUUAUUCUUCUGGUAGAUGCUAACCAGGGUGUCCAGGCUCAAACUGUUGCCAACUUUUACCUAGCAUUUGAGGCAGAAAUGGCAAUUAUACCAGUAAUUAACAAAAUUGACUUGAAGAAUGCUAUGCCAGAAUUGGUUGCUGAUCAGAUUAACAAUAUAUUUGAUAUUGACAAAAGCGCUAUUUUAAAGAUCUCCGCUAAGGUUGGAAGUGGUGUGGAAGAUGUUCUAAAAGCUGUUAUUGAAAGAAUUCCAUGUCCAGUAUACAGUAGAGAGAGACCACUACGAGCAUUUGUAUUUGAUUCUUGGUAUGACCAUUUCAAGGGGGUUGUGGCUCACAUUGCAAUUUGUGAUGGUGUUGUUAAAACAGGUCAAAGGAUUACCUGUGCCAGUUCUAAAAAAACUUAUGAACUGACUGAAGUGGGAAUCAUGUAUCCAACACAGGUCCCUUCAGGCUAUCUCUAUGCAGGUCAAGUUGGUUAUGCAAUGAUGAACAUGAGGAACACUGGUGAGGCUAAGAUUGGAGACACAUUUUACCAUGAGAAUAUACCUGUUGACCCAAUGCCUGGUUUUAAAAAUGCCACACCUAUGGUUUUUGCUGGUAUAUUUCCUACAGAGCAAUCAGAGUUUCCCCUACUUAGAAGUGCCAUUGAAAAAUUAACACUAAAUGAUCGCAGUGUGCAAAUCAAAAUGGAUAACAGCCCUGCUCUAGGUCAAGGCUAUAGAUUAGGGUUUCUAGGUCUGCUUCACAUGGACGUCUUCAACCAGAGAUUGGAGCAAGAGUUUAAUGCUUCUGUCAUAGUCACUACACCUAAUGUAGCUUAUAAAGUGAAAAUAAUUGGUGAGAAAAACAUUAAAUUUUAUGGAGGAAAUGAACUAACAAUUCUUAAUCCUUGUUUGAUGCCAGAUAUAGCAAUAAUUACAGAAUAUCAGGAGCCCAUGAUUGAUGGCACCAUCAUAACACCUGCAGAACACAUCAAUGCGAUCACACAGCUUUGCUUGGAUUAUCGUGGAAGAAUAAAGGAUCAGAUAUACAUUGAUGAUACUCGUAUUAUGGUGCAGUCCAAAUUCCCCUUGGCUGAAGUUCUUGUUGAUUUUUUUGAUGAGCUAAAAUCUCUAACAUCAGGUUAUGCAAGUUUUGAUUAUGAAGAUGCAGGCUAUGAAGUUUCAGAUCUAGUCAAAAUUGAUUACACUCUGAACGGACGUGAAGUGGAAGAACUCACAAUGAUAUGUCAUGUUUCACGUGCUAGAAAAAUAGCAGUCAGAAUAUGUGAAAAGUUAAAGACAGCUAUUCCCCGGCAACAGUUUGUAAUUACAAUUCAAGCCAAAGUGAAUCAAAAAGUCAUAGCAAGAGAGGAUAUUAAAGCUUUCAGGAAGGACGUUACAGCUAAAUGUUAUGGUGGUGAUAUAACAAGAAAAAUGAAGCUUCUAAAAAACCAAGCUGAAGGCAAGAAAUAUCUCAGGAAAAUUGGUGUAGUGGAAGUCCCAACCGAUGCUUUUAUACAAAUACUUAAAAAAUAAUGACUUUCAGCUGAAACAAUAUUAUUAUUAUUUAAAUUAUUUUUACUUGAAAGCAAAGUUAAUAAAUGCUAAUUCAU